AUGAUGAAACCUUUCACAGCAGAGACACUUCAUAAAGGAAGGAUGUUGUGGAUAGUUCUUCUAAGCACAAUUGCUCUAGCAUGGACUACACCAAUUCCCUUGAUAGAGGACUCAGAGGAACUCGAUGAGCCCUGCUUUGAUCCAUGUUACUGUGAAGUGAAGGAGAGCAUUUUCCAUAUACAUUGCGACAACAAAGGAUUUAUAAAUAUUAGUCAGAUAACACAGUCAUGGUCGAGACCUUUUAAACUUUAUUUGCAGAGGAAUUCCAUGAGGAAAUUGUACACCAAUAGUUUUCUUCACUUGAACAAUGCUGUGUCUAUUAACCUUGGGAACAAUGCACUGCAGGACAUUCAGACAGGGGCUUUUAAUGGGCUCCGAGUUCUGAAGAGGUUGUAUUUGCACGAAAACAAAUUGGACAUUUUCAGGAAUGACACUUUCCUAGGUUUGGAAAGUCUGGAAUAUCUGCAGGCAGAUUAUAAUGUCAUUAAACGGAUUGAAAGUGGGGCAUUUCGAAACCUAAGUAAAUUGAGGGUCCUCAUCCUAAAUGACAACCUUAUUCCCAUGCUUCCCACCAACUUAUUUAAGUCUGUGUCCUUAACCCACUUGGACUUGCGUGGGAACCGGCUAAAAGUCCUUUCCUAUCGUGGGAUGUUGGACCAUAUUGGCAGGAGCCUGAUGGAGAUCCAGCUGGAGGAGAACCCAUGGAACUGUACGUGUGAGAUUGUACAGCUUAAGAGCUGGCUGGAGCGCAUCCCCUAUACUGCCCUGGUUGGGGACAUCACCUGUGAGACUCCCUUCCACUUCCAUGGAAAGGACCUGCGGGAAAUCAAAAGAAGUAAGCUCUGUCCCAUGCUGUCUGACUCUGAGGUGGAAGCCAGCCUAGGCAUCCCUCAGCUGUCGUCCAGCAAGGAGAAUGCGUGGCCUACGAAGCCUUCCUCCAUGCUGUCUUCCUUCCAUUUCACUGCUUCCUCUGUUGAGUACAAAACAUCCAACAAGCAGCCCAAACCCACCAAGCAGCCCAGGGCGCCCCGGCCUCCCCCGACAUCCCGCAGCCUAUACCCUGGGCCAAACCAGCCACCAGUGGCUGCUUACCAGACCCGGCCCCCCAUACCCAUCAUCUGCCCGACUGGCUGCUCUUGCAGUUUGCACAUAAAUGACCUGGGCCUGACAGUCAACUGCAAGGAGAGAGGGUUUCACAACAUCUCCGAGCUCCUGCCCAGGCCCUUGAACGCCAAGAAGCUGUACCUGAGUGGGAAUUUGAUUCAGAAAAUCUACCGCUCCGAUUUCUGGAAUUUUUCCUCCUUGGAUCUCUUGCACCUGGGGAACAACCGGAUCUCCUACGUGCAGGAUGGCGCUUUUAUCAACCUGCCGAAUCUCAAGAGCCUGUAUCUGAAUGGCAAUGACAUCGAGAGGCUCACCCCUGGCAUGUUCCGGGGCCUGCAGAGUUUGCAUUACCUGUACUUCGAGUACAACCUGAUCAGGGAAAUCCAGCCGGCGGCCUUCAGCCUCAUGCCCAACCUGAAGCUUCUCUUCCUCAACGACAACCUGCUCCGCACCCUGCCCACUGACGCCUUCGCCGGCACUUCCCUGGCCCGCCUCAACCUGCGCAACAACCACUUUUUGGCACUGCCGGUGGCAGGAGUGUUGGAGCACCUCCACGCCAUCGUCCAGAUCGACCUGAAGCUCAACCCCUGGGACUGCACCUGCGAGCUGGUGCCGCUGAAGCAGUGGCUGGAGGCGCUCAGCUCCGUCAGCGUGGUGGGCGAGGUGCUGUGCGCCAGCCCCGAGGCCCUGGCCCGCCGCGACCUGCGCUCCUUGGAACUGGCCGCGCUCUGCCCGGCUGCCCUCCGCCCCGCCGCCGCCUCGCCCCGCGCCGCCCCUCCGCCGCCCGCCGCCACCGGCGCUGCCGCCUAUGAGCUGCCGCCGGCCGCCGCAGCUGUCCCUCUCUCCGUCCUCAUCCUCAGCCUCCUCGUUCUCUUUUUCUCCGCCGUGCUGGUGGCCGCCGGGCUCUUCGCCUUCGUGCUGCGCCGCCGCCGGCGGAAGCUCCCGUUCCGCGGCCCGCAGGGGGAGGCGGCCGACCUGGGAGGUGUGCCGCUGCGCUGCCCGCGGCUCUUCGAGGAGGGCGGCGGUGGGGGCAGCUCGGGGGGUAGGGAAUGUUCCCCGGAGAAGGCGCCCCCGGCGGGCCACGUCUACGACUACAUCCCGCACCCGGUGACCCAGAUGUGCAACAACCCCAUCUACAAGCCACGGGAGGAGGAGGAGGUGGCGGGCGGCGGUGGAGGGGAGGCGGCUGAGCUGCUGCGGGGCGGCGGGGAGCGCUUCGCCGCCGCGCAGGACCCGGGCACCAACUACCGCACCUUGCUGGAGAAGGAGCAGGAGUGGAGCCUGGCCGUCUCCAGCUCGCAGCUCAACACCAUAGUUGCCGUCCACCCCCAGCACCCCGCGGGCGGCGGGCUGGCGGCGGGCGGCGGCGGGCUCGGAGCGGCGACAGGAGGAGGCGCCCCGAGGGACCGCGACCGCCCGCCGCCCCUCGCCGUGGGUUUCGUGGACUGCCUAUACGGCACCGUGCCCAAACUAAAGGAACUGCACGUCCAUCCCCCUGGCAUGCAAUACCCGGACCUCCAGCAGGACGCCAGGCUCAAAGAAACCCUCCUCUUCGCGGCCGGCAAGGGCUUCCCAGACCACCAAACUCCCACAGGCGAAUACCUCGAGUUAAGGGCCAAACUCCAAACCAAGCCGGAUUACCUCGAAGUCCUGGAGAAGACCACGUACCGAUUCUGACCGCCGUCCUGCCGCCCGCCCCGGCACCGCCGCAAGCGAGUCGAGGAUACAGCUGUGUGCUCUUUCCCGCCAGAUGUGUGCUCCGCGGGGAAGGCCCGUUCUCAGAUCAUUAAUCGAUGAAGUGCCU